AAUCUUCAAAGUCACUUCCGUUUUCAAAAUUUGGCAGACGGUUUUGCUUUUGAAGCUGAAAAUGUCAAAAAUUUGAUUUUUUUACCUAGAAGACCAUUUGAAACUUCAUCUGAAGUAAACGAGCUGAAUAUUUAUAUUUACUCAUCAAGAUUUACACUGAAACUUGUAGUUUUAACAGUCUAUUUUAUUGCCCAAACGUAAAGGUAAACGUUUACGACAAAUACUAUGAAAUUUGUUGACAACAAGUGACCAACGUAGCAGUCAAAUUAUACACAUAUAUUUCUCUUUGGCAUGCAUAUACAAAAGUGAAGCAAAUACAUGUUAUAGAUGAUUGUUUGGUAGAAGAAAGAUGUCAAUGAGCACCAAGCAAAUUGAGGAAAAGUUCCUGCAAAAAGAGGAGAAAUGCAUAAUAUGCAUCCAUGGAAAGAUGUUAGAUACAUUUUCACAUGCCACUGUCCAGUUGUACAUAGCACUGGUAGCAAGACAAGAUGAUCAUGGAUUAUUUAUUUUUAGUGUGAAUAAAUUCCCAAAUCCUUCUAUAAAUGACCUAGAUAUAGAUAAAGUUGUACCUGUAGAUGCAGACUUGAGGACAGUUUCAGAGGUUCCAGACAUAAACCAAAAGAAAGAUUUUUAUGUCUUGCAUUUGAAGUCUAAAUUUAUAAAUGCCCAGCUUGUACUACCUGACCACACAUCAACAGUAACAUUUCUGGAAGAAUUGACGAGAGCUCAAUCAGUGUAUUCUAACAUAGUAGCAUUUGGUUAUCCUCCAACUUUUGCUUGGUUAGAGAAUUACAUUAGACAAAACGACAAUCCAUUUGCCAAGGAUGUGUUUGAUCCCUUUGUAAAAAAUAACCAAGUGAAAAAGGCAGAAGCACUGACCAAGCCUCCUACUUUACCAGUAGCGCCACCUAGGAGGAUGAGAGCUGUACAUAUUAGAAAUGGACAGAGUUUGCCUCCUCCUGUACCUGACAGACCAAGGAACAUGAAGGAGCCAAUAUCACAGAGAAUUACAGACCUGUCAGAGUUAGAUCCCUUAAGAAAGGCGGCCAGUAAACAGUCGUUAGAUGAGUUAGAUAUUGAUGACUUCGGUGAAAGUGGUGAAUUUCCAGAUGUACAGAAAAUGUUGGGACUGGGUUCCUCAGAACCUUCAACUGAAACUGGUGCUAAACCAGUCAGUGCUAGAGAGACAAUAGUCAAGUACAUGAUGAAUGAAAGGGAGGUUGAGUUUACAGAUAUAUCAAAAUUAAAAAUAUUUGUUGGAACAUGGAAUACAAAUGGCCAGUCUCCUCCAAUAUCGAUAGCUCAGUGGUUACAAGUAGACCCAGAACCUCCAGAUAUUUAUGCUAUAGGGUUUCAAGAGCUUGAUUUGAGUAAUCAAGCAUAUAUAUUUAGUGAUUCUGCAAAAGAAAAUGAAUGGCAACAUGCUGUAAAGAGUUGUCUACAUCCCAAAGGAAGAUAUAGAAAGGUUAAAUUAGUGAGAUUGAUUGGAGUUAUGCUGAUAGUAUAUGUUAAUGAAAAGCAUGCAAAUAAAGUACAUUUUAUAGAUUCUGACACUGUAGCUACUGGCAUUAUGGGAAUUAUGGGGAAUAAAGGUGGUGUUGGAGUACGUUUUACCAUAGAAAGUACCUCUAUAUGUUUUCUAUGUUCACAUCUAGCAGCUCACCAGGAUGAAUUAGAACGAAGAAAUCAGGAUUAUCGAGACAUAUCAUCUAAAAUGCGAUUCAAACAGUUUGUCCCUCCAUUAACUAUAGGUGAACAUGAGUUAGUUUUCUGGCUUGGUGAUUUAAACUAUAGACUAAAUGAUUUAGACAUAGAUACAGUAAAAGCAAUGAUCAAGAAUUCCAAGUUAAAAGAUCUGAUGUCUUAUGACCAGCUUCAUAGGCAGUUGGGAAGAACAGAAGUAUUUAAAGGUUACUCUGAAGCUGAAGUAACAUUUCAACCCACAUAUAAAUAUGACAUAAACAGUGACGACUGGGAUUCCAGUGAAAAAAGUCGUCCUCCUGCCUGGUGUGAUAGGAUUCUGUAUAAAGGUGGUGGUAUAACCAGUCUGAAGUAUCGUUACCAUCCUGAACUAAAGAUCAGUGACCACAAACCGGUCUCAGAUCUAUUUGAUGUUGAGGUGAGAGUGGUAGAUGAAGAGAAAUCUAGGAAAGUUUAUGAAGAUAUAAUGAAACAGUUAGACAGACUGGAGAAUGAUUAUCUGCCUCAAGUUAAACUUGAUAAAACAGAGAUUAUAUUAAAUGAUGUCAAAUUUAUAGACACCAAAGAAGACAUAUUAACAAUAACAAAUUCUGGUCAGGUUCCUGUGAAUUUUGAAUUUAUACAGAAGCUUGAUGAACCUAGUUAUUGUAAACCAUGGAUGAUGGCGUCUCCAUCUAAGGCUGUGAUAACGCCAGGAAAAAGUUGUGAAAUAAACAUAUCUGUGUAUGUGGACAAGAAAAGUGCCGCUGUACUGAACAGUGGGGAAGAUAAAUUAGAGGAUAUACUUGUUCUACAUCUGAAUGGUGGAAAAGAUUUCUUCAUAUCAGUGAGUGGUAAUUAUAUUGCUAGUAGUUUUGGAAGUUCUCUGGAGGCUUUGAUACAGAUGCAUGGUCCAGUCAGAGAAAUACCUACCGCUCAGCUUGUAGAAAUUGAACAACCAGGUAGUUUGGUGAAGAGAGAUGUACUAAACCAAGGAGGCAGAUUGUAUGCCAUUCCUAAGGAGAUAUGGAGACUGGUAGAUCAUUUGUGGCAGUAUGGCUGUGAUCAGGAAGAUUUGUUCCAGCAACCAGGUUUGAACAAAGAGAUACAACUGAUAAGGGAUUGUCUUGAUACUGGUGCUCCAGAGAAGAUACCUGGUAGCAUCCAUUCUAUAGCAGAAGGAUUAUUGCUUUUUUUAGAAUCCCUUCCUGAUCCUGUCAUUCCUAAAAGUGUACACAGGCGAUGUUUAGAAUGUUCUAAUAACUACCUACUGUGUAAACAGAUUAUACUUCAAAUUCCUGAAUACCAUAGAAACGUGUUUAGAUAUCUAUGUUCAUUCCUCAAAGAACUCCUGUCAAAAUCACAAAACAAUGGUUUAGACAUUAAAUUUCUAGCAUCCUUGUUUGGUGAUGUGUUUUUAAGACCAGACCAUCAUUAUGUUCCAUCAUCCUCUAAAUCGAACAAAAAUGUCCGCAGUGUAGCAAAAGAAGAAGAGAUGAAAAGAGCCGCUUUUGUUUACCAUUUCUUGUCUAAUAGUAUUGAUGACGUGUGAAAUCUUAAUCUUGUCAACAUUUCUAUUUCCUGAAACCCUACAACAGCUUUCGAUGUUGUACAGCAACUGAUGGAACAGAAUAGAUGAAAGAUCUGUGAAGUUUAUUAGUAACAAUACAAAAGCGACUGUUUGUUAUGAGGAUGGAUAUUAUAUGCAUAUAAAACAGAGAAAUAGUUUUGAGAUUUUGUUUGUUUUAAGUUUUACAAGAUAGAAAUGUUGCUUCAGCUAUAUACAAUCUGUGAUAAUCAAUAUUUUGUGUGGAGUCAUUUGUAGGAUGUGACAUUUUUAAAUAUGUGUUGUUCAUGAGUGUACUUUUAUAUUAAUGUAAUACAUGUAUCACACAUUUUAACAACUGGUCAUUUAAAGAGGUGUGCAUAAAGGGGGCGUAUCUGAACGGUAGAACGCGAAAUAAAAUUGCCAUUUUAUGAUGAAGACAGUUAAAAAUGUCUUGCAUGUUGAUCUUUUUACCGAUUUCACGAAACACUGUGAUUAACAUACUUUUUUCACAGCUGCACGUGAAAUAAAAAAUGGCUAAACAUGUUGCACGAAUAUAACCCUUUACCACCCUCAUUAAAUGAUACAUACAAUUUAGUCUUUCUAUAAUGUAGUGAAUCUCUUGACUUUUGACUUGCUAUUUCGUGAUUGUUUAAGUCCUUAAGAAAUAAUGUGAUAAAUUCUGGAUAUUAACCAGAACUAAGUUACAAUUACAAAGGCCAAAUGAUCUCUUUCGGCUGUUUAGAAAAGUCAAAUAAGGAAUUAUUUACAUGUAAGAACAGUAUCUCACAUGAAAUAUCAUUUGCUGAAUAGUAAGGAUAUUUUUUUUUACAAACAUCACCACUCUCAUUUAGGUUAAGAAUAAUACAGUAUUGAAUGUUUGCUAUUUAUUUUUUCAAAAUGGUCACAAUGCAUACAGAUCACCUUUUUAAUAUUUAAUCCUUCAAAAUAAGCCCUGCACCCACAAAUAGUUCAAAAGUUUUCAUUUCUAUGGUUUAAUGCAUCAUUUAGGGAAUUUAGCCAUCUUGAAAUUACAAGGCAAUUAACUAAGAAACAGUGCAUGUGAACAUUUACGAACACCUCAUAAUUAUUUCACAUCAACUCCUGAAUUGGAAAGUCAGGAAAAAAACCAACUAUUUUUAGGAUUUUAUAUUAGAAUUGACAUUUAUUUGAACAAAUUAUUUGCAUAAUAUACAUGACAGUUCAUAAUUUAUCAUAAAGUUGUAUGAUAUGAGAAUAUUCUUAUUAUGAAAGGGAAAAAAUGGAGAGGCUAAAAUUAGAAUUUUUGUUAACUCUGCUAUUUUUAUUUUUCGGGUUUCAAUUAAAAAAUUUCACAUAAAAUUUUGUACUUUUUAGUCUUGUUAAAGCAAUUAAAUAAACUUGUAUAUGGAUAAGGAGAAAUAAAAAAAUCUAUAAUUUAUACAAAAUGAAUUAAAAAGAAGCAUUCAAUUUUCAUUGGUUAAUAUAGUAUACAGGUAAUGAAAAAGGUCAACAUUGUCAUUACUCGAUCAUAUAAAAUAUUCUGGUUUCUUUGUGAAAUCUUAGGGCAUAUCAUUAUUUCACAAUCAACUCAUAUUUAUUAAUGUUUUUAUUGAACAAAAUUUUUAAUUUGUAUUCAUACAUUUAUUCAAACUGCAUGUUGUAUCAUUUUGCCAGUAAUGAUAUAAAUUUUAUUCUUUGAAAGAUUUAUUUAGGUAUAUUGCUCCCUAUAUGUAGUCUCAACAUAUUACAAUCAUUUUAAUAUGUUUCUUAUUUUAAUUUAUGAAGACACAAAUAUCAAGAAAGAGAGCAGAUCAGAUGAU